AUGUCUUCGGAAGAGAACGAUGUGUACAACCGAUUCACGAAGGAACAAAAGCACAAGAUUGUCGCCGUCGUCUCUUGGACGGCCUUGAUACCUCUCUUCGUCUCUGAGUCUUUUGUGCCUACGGUACCCGCGGUCGCGAAAGAGUUCAACUCGACGGGAGAGAUAAUCAAUCUUGCCGUGACAUUUUCCAUGGCAUCAGCUGCCAUCACCAGCAUGGUAUGGGCGACAUAUUCAGGAUUUUACGGUCGCAGGCCCAUAUACCUGGCUUGCCUGCCACUAUUCUGCAUCGGCUCUUUAGGCGUGGCGUGGUGCAACUCCGUACCCUCACUGAUGUUUUGGCGUGUGCUGCAAGCGGCCGGCACGUCGAGCGGGAUCUCCGUCGGUGCCGGCGUGCUCGGCGACAUCUACAAAGUCGAAGAGCGAGGCGCCGCAAUCGGUCUAUUCAUGGGCGCCUCGCUGCUCGGCGCAGCAUUUGCGCCACUCGCGGGCGGUGUGGCGACACACUACGCGUCAUGGCGGAUCAUGCAAUACGCGCUCUUCCUCGUCGGUGCGAUCGCGUUGCUCCUGACUCUGGCGUAUCUCCCAGAAACCAGCCACCCGGGUACUCGGGGCAUCGACGAAGUCUAUGAGCGUGGAGAUCUGGGACGCGGGAAAUUCAGAUGGGUCUGGUUGAACCCCUUCCGCAGUCUGGCACUGCUCAAAAGCCCAAACCUGAUUUUGAUCACACUAGCCUCAAUUGCGGGGCUAAUGACUGACUUCACACUGCUGAUCCCGUUGCCUUACACAAUUGGCAAGCGAUACAACAUCGACAACGAAGCUCUCGUAGGGGCGUGUUUCAUUGCCCUUGGUAUGGGCAAUAUUCUUGGUGCCCCGCUGGCCGGACGACUCUCGGACAGGACGGUCGUCAAAUGGCGCAAGCGGCGCGGCGGCGAGUGGGUUCCCGAAGACAGGCUGCGAGCUGGCCUACCCGCGUUGGCGACCCUUGUGCCAUUAUCCGUUCUCCUCUUCGGUCUCACGGUACAGUACGUCGACGGAAGGUUAGGUAUUGCGCUCAACCUGUUGUGGCUCUUCAUGAAUGGCAUCGGUGUCGAUCUUUCUCUCAGCCCUGUGAACACGUACCUGGUUGACAUCGGUCGCUCGCGCAGUGCGGAAUUCAUGGCCGUGCAGAAAGCAUCUAGGAAUCUUGUCGUUGGCAUCGCCACCUCAGGGAUCCUGCCGUUGAUCAACCGUCUGAGUGUAUCAGUCACCAACGCCCUCGCAGCCUUCAUUGCACUCCUCGGAUUCUGUUGUCUGUGGGUUACGGUUCGCUAUGGACAACACAUGCGAACAUGGGUUGACCUGGGGUCACCGGAGAGCUAG